GUACGUAGCCAGCCAUGCAGGACCAUGUGCAGCAGCGGAGCGGCGACCACGACAUCGCCGCCGAUGAGAUCCCAGCCAACGGCCACAAGCCAGGGAAGGCCGUCACGGCGUCGGUGUACCGGGCUAAGAUCGCCGGGCACUCGAGGGUCGUCACCGUGUCGUGGUCGCGGGACCUCCUCUCGCACUCGUUCGCCGUCUCCGUCACCGGCGUCGACGGCGCCUCCGUGGAGUGCAGGGUCGACCUCCGCCCCUGGCAGUUCUGGCGGCGCGCCGGCUCGCGCCGCGUCGAGCUCGCCGGCACCGCGCCGGCCGCGCUCCGCGUGCUGUGGGACCUCCGCCGCGCGCGGUUCGGGGCCGGGAUCCCCGAGCCGCGGGCGGGGUACUACGUCGCCGUGGAGGCCGCCGGCGAGGUGGUUCUCGUGGUCGGCGACAUGCGCAAGGACGCGCUCCGGCGGGCGGCCCCGUGCGCGGCCGCGGCGUGCGAUGCCACCCCCGUGGCGCGGCGGGAGCACGUGUUCGGCAAGCGGCGGUUCGCGGCCAAGGCCCGGUUCCACGACCAGGGCGCGGUGCACGACAUCGCGAUCGAGUGCGGCGGCGGCGGCGAGGGCGGCGACGCCGACAUGGAGAUGACGAUCGCCAUCGACGGCGAGGAGGCGGUGCAGGUGAAGCACCUCCAAUGGAAGUUCAGGGGCAACCAGUCCGUCACCUUCAGCCGAGCAAAGGUGGAGGUCUACUGGGACGUCCAUGACUGGCUCUUCAGCGCCGGCAUGCGCCCCGCCCUCUUCGUCUUCCGCCCCAUCGUCCUCUCCAGCGCCUCCGCCCCCGCCGGCGCCAUGCUCCUCGAUGCCUCGCCGCCGCCGCCCACCGGCUUUUGUCUCUACCUCUAUGCCUGGAAGCUCGAAUGAUCGUCCAUCAUAGCUUCCAUUAGCUCGGCUGGCUCUGAUACCAUACCAUGUUUAUGAGAUCGGAUUCUUUUCUCGAUCGAACGAAAAUGCGAGGCAAGGGGAGGAGUAAGAAUUUCUUUUUUCAUUUUGUAAUUUUUGAGGAAGGAAACAUAUAUAAUUGGAUAUAAUUAAUUAAUUCUUCUAAUCAAGAGGC